AUGGAAGGAAACCUAAACCAAAUCGUUGAAACACCUCCCCAAUUGUCAAGGAAGCCUUUGGUACAAAAAUCUUCAUGGGAAUGCAACAGAAAGAAGAUUUCUAGAUACUCGCCUAAAGCACCACCAGACAUCAGAAUUCCGUGUCAACAUUUUUCUAAAGCCUAUAGAUGUACUUCAUUAGCAAAAAACGACAUAGUUAAAUUUAACAAUGCUUUUUAUAAAUCAACAAAGAAAAUAGAUCAAGACAAUUUUAUCCUUCAACACAUUAAAACAUCUCCAAUUCAGCGCCGAGGUCCCAAAUCAGGCACAGUGGUGGGUCACUCGUUCCUACCACCAGACCGUGUAUUUGCACAAAUAGAAAAAAAUAUUAAAAAGAACGAGGUUAUAACUAAUCCGCAAGAUUACUACAAAAUAUUCAACGAGCAUGGGACCGUUCUGAAACUGGGUUCAGAAAUUAUAGUUCAGGAUUGGAAAGAGGCAAGUACUGAAAUAUUAAAAGGAACGAACGCCAUGCAUUUUUCUAUUAAGCAAUGUAAGCGGUUUUUCAUUAAAAGAAACAAACAGAAGCUAAAUGUAUUAGUAAGGGCAGAAGAAUCUUAUCAUAAUGCUUUGGGCACCUACAAAAAUAUUUGCAAGAAGAAUAAAACCGUUAGUCUAAUAAAUCCUAAAAACAAACAGAUGAAUGUGGCGGUUAAGAAAGAAAAACUGGACGAUGUUAUUAAACUUUUGAAAGCUCAUUACGGAGACCAGUGGGAACUUUUGCCAGAUCUAGAGUACUAUAAAAAUGUAAUUCAAAGGUCAAUUAGUGAUAACAGUAUUUCUUAUUCAAAUGAAAGAUGUGAGAUGGAGGAAGAAUUGCCCAAUUUGAUUAUUUAA